AGACAACUGUGUGUUACCUUCGUCAGAUGGCAGAGGGAGACUCAAAGCCGGCUGAUGCCAAGCCAGCGAGGAAGCCGCACAAGAGCCGCAACCCGGAGAUUGCCCGGGGCAUCGGCCGUUACUCCCGUUCGGCGAUGUACGCUCGCCGCGCAAUGUACAAGAGGAAGACCAAGAUGACCGAGACAAAGGUGGAGAAGAAGCUCAAACCCCGACCCAAAACCACAAUUGUCAAGACCGUUGGCGGUGACAAGAAUGGAGGCACACGUGUUGUCAGGCUGCGCAAGAUGCCCCGGUACUACCCCACCGAGGACGUCCCCCGCAAGUUGCAGAGCCAUGGUAUAAAGCCUUUCUGCCAGCAUAGAAGGAGGCUGCGCUCCUCCAUCAAGCCGGGCACUGUCCUCAUCCUGCUCACGGGGCGUCAUCGUGGGAAGCGUGUGGUUUUCCUAAAGCAGCUCGGAAGCGGUCUGCUGCUAGUCACCGGCCCCCUCGUCUUGAACAGAGUCCCCCUGCGCAGGGCUCAUCAGAAGUUUGUCAUUGCCACCACCACCAAAGUAGACAUCACCGAGAUGAAAAUCCCCGAAACGCUCAAUGACGUUUACUUCAAGAAGAAGAGGCUGAGGAGACCCCGUCACCAGGAGGGGGAGAUUUUUGACACCGAGAAGGAGAAAUACCAGUUGACAGAUCAGAGGAAGGAGGAUCAGAAGGCUGUUGAUUCCCAGCUCUUGCCACUUAUCAAGAAAGUUCCACAGCUCAGAGGAUACCUGCGCGGUUCCUUUUCCUUGUCAAACGGCAUGUUUCCCCACAAGCUGGUUUUCUAAGCGCGUUAAUAGAAGUUGAUC